AUGAAACGGACGUCAGACUUAUCAACACGUCACGUCAGACGGAUCAACACGUCACGUCAGACGGAUCAACACGUCACGUCAGACGGAUCAACACGUCACGUCAGACGGAUCAACACGUCACGUCAGACGGAUCAACACGUCACGUCAGACGGAUCAACACGUCACGUCAGACGGAUCAACACGUCACGUCAGACGGAUCAACACGUCACGUCAGACGGAUCAACACGUCACGUCAGACGGAUCAACACGUCACGUCAGACGGAUCAACACGUCACGUCAGACGGAUCAACACGUCACGUCAGACGGAUCAACACGUCACGUCAGACGGAUCAACACGUCACGUCAGACGGAUCAACACGUCACGUCAGACGGAUCAACACGUCACGUCAGACGGAUCAACACGUCACGUCAGACGGAUCAACACGUCACGUCAGACGGAUCAACACGUCCCGUCAGACGGAUCAACACGUCACGUCAGACGGAUCAACACGCCACGUCAGACGGAUCAACACGUCACGUCAGACGGAUCAACACGUCACGUCAGACGGAUCAACACGUCACGUCAGACACGUCAACAUUGCACAGGUACGUAGCAAUGUCCGUACUGCACAGAGUAGCAACUCUUCAGAUGACAGCAGCAGCUUCUGGAAGACUCGGACGAGCAAGGGAG